GAUGAGGUGGUCUAUGUUUCACUUACAUCGUACUACCCAUCUUUUUUCUUUAUAAGUCCCCUCCACUCUCUUUAUCUCUGUGUCCAUCAUCAUACUUUCUAGAGACUUCUUCUUCUUCUUAUCUUUCCUUGAUUUUUGAUGGCACUGUCUCUUCUCUCAUACGACGUUACUGACCUCUGUCUCGGCAAGCCUCCUCUCCGUUGCCUCUCCGCCUCUUCCUCCUCCGUAUCCGACGCCAUCGCUGCCCUCAAAUCCUCUGAAGAUCCUUUCCUCUCCGUCUGGGACUGCAAUCACGACCAUGAUGAUGUGGCAGAGUGCGAGUGUCUGGGAAAGAUAUCAAUGACUGACGUCAUCUGCCAUUUGUCCAAAGACGAAGUCCACACACUCUCUGCGUUGAACUCACCUGUCUCUGUUCUUCUCCCGCCAACUCGCGCCCUCGUCCUCCAUGUUCAACCCUCCUGCAGCUUAGUUGAAGCCAUUGAUCUGAUAAUCCAAGGAGCACAUAAUCUGAUUGUCCCGAUCCAGACAAAGACCAACACCAAGAAGAGACAGCAAAACGACAACGUUUCACACACCACCACCACCCACUCGAACGGACAAAGAUUCUGCUGGAUCACACAAGAAGAUAUCGUACGCUUCCUCCUCGGGUGCAUCGCCGCGUUCUCCCCUCUACCUUCGAUGUCAAUCUCCGAUCUCGGCAUCAUCAACAGCUCACACGCAAUUCUCGCCGUCGACCACAACUCCUCAGCCUCCGCCGUCGUCGCCGCCAUCUCCCGCGCUCUCGCCGACCAAACCUCCGUCGCAGUGGUCGACAACGAAGGAGAUGACUCAAUGAUGUACCUGAUCGGAGAAAUCUCUCCGAUGACGCUAACUUGCUGCGACGAGACAGCUGCGGCGGCGGUGGCGACGCUCUCCGCCGGGUACUUGAUGGAGUACUUAGACAGUGUGAAUCCGCCGGAGAGUCUCGUCCAGGAAGUGAGAGACCGUCUGGAGAGCAAAGGACAGAUGGGUUUGCUCUCGCUUUUGGAUUCUCUCUCGCUCUCGUCGUCGCCGACGUCGGGGUACUCUUCGGAUGAAGAGUCUCCGGCGAGGUCGUUUGGGAGGUCGAUGAGUAUAUCGACGAGAAUGGCGAGGAAGGCGGAGGCGGUAGUGUGUAAUCCGAAGAGCUCGUUGAUGGCGGUGAUGAUUCAGGCGAUUACUCACCGUACGAACUACACGUGGGUGAUUGACAAGGAUGGCUGUUUUGUUGGCAUGGUUACUUUUGUUGAUAUCUUAAAAGUUUUUAGGAAAUUUUUGUAGAAUAUCUUUUUUUUUGUGCUUUUUUUGUCUAUUACUAAAACCCAACAAAAAAACAGUAAAAUUGUGUUGUUAAGGGUUUUUUGGUUGUGUGUGUGCGUGUGUGUGGAUGAGGGUGUUUGGACUUUGCUAUUAAUUUAAAAAGGAACAAAAUAUUUUCGUUUGUUUAAA